AUGUCGGCGGCACUCAAGACAUCCGCCGAAGCCAAGGCGAUGCGUACGACCAAGUACCCACCAGAGUUCCAGCGGAAAGUUGACAUGGGCAAGGUCAAUCUCCCAGUCAUCAAGAAAUGGGUGUCGGAUGAAGUGGCCAGACUGCUCGGCAAUGACGAUGAUGUUGUGAUAGAGAUGAUCUUCAACAUCAUCGAGGGCAGCAAGUCACCAAACAUCAAGCAGCUACAGUACGACCUCACAGGAUUUCUCGACAAAGACGCGCCGUCAUUCUGUCUCAACCUGUGGAAGCUAUGUCUCGAUGCUCAGGACAGUCCGAAUGGUAUUCCGAAGUCACUGCUCGAGGCAAAGAAGCUCGAGCUGAUCCAAGAGAAGCUUGCUGAAGACCGCGCACGAGAGCUGGCUGAACAACGACAGAAUGAAGAGCGGGAGCGAGAACGAGAGAUGACACGAAUGAGAGAGCGCGAGCGUGGCCCACGUCGAAGAGGCGGACGAGGAGGGCGUCGUGGUCGCGACAGAGACUCACGCUCCCCACCGCCGAGACGACGGGACGGACGAGGCGAACGAGGCGGACCACCACGCGUGGAUAGCUACGUGCCCGGAGGCCGUGGACGAGGCCGAGACGAGCCAUCACGGCGUAGACGUUCACCUUCAUACGGCGGCAGAUCGCCUUCGCGGUCGCGCUCUCCACCAAGACGUCGGAGGCGACGCAACUCGUCUUCGGACAUCAGUGACAAAGCAGAUAACAAGGGUCGGAGAACACGCUCACCAUCACCUAGGAGACACCGCCGCUCGCCAUCACAAUCGAACGACGACCGUUCGCCGCCACCUAGGCGCAGACGUCGCUCCCCAUCACGGUCGAGAUCGCCGCCUCGCAAACGUCAAAGCAGAAUCGGUUCUGGCGAUCUGAUGUCCAACACCGACUGCAAGAAAGACCGUUUGGAAGCACCACGCCUCAGCCGCGAAGGCUCCGAGGUCAGCGAACAUGCAAACGGUGGUGCGAAACCAGACGAGUCUCGUCAGCCGUUCACAAGGCAUACUCCCCUUCAAAGAACCGCAUCCCGCGGCACCAAACCUCCGAUCCCGCUAAAGAUCUCACGCGAAGAGCUCGAAGCACGUCUGUCAGUGGCGAAAGCUGAAGCCGCCCGUAACGCCAAGCGAAAGGACAGUGCCGCGACUGUCACAGAACAUCCGGCAUAG